AUGCACGCCUCCUCUGAGCUGGACAGGAACCAAAUGGCCCAUCCAAAGCAGAUGGUUGGUGAUGAAGGGGACCUCACCUCUUGGGGCAAUGUGACGCUGGCAUGGCUGCAGGGAGGAGCUUCAGAGAUCCAGAAGCUUCCAUGCAAGUGCUCUGCCAGCCCCGACCCUGCAGGGCGAACCUCGUGGUCUCCUGGCUCCCGGAGGCACCAGCCUCCCAGUGGACCCCAGAGCUCCCAGCUGGAGACCCUCCCAAAGCCAGUGCCCCAAACCUUCCCUGCAGAGGCUGGGAGGGAUGGAUUGGGCGUCUCCCCUCCUCAGAGGAGGCAGAGCCUGGGGUGGAUCCCGGGGACCGGCCCAUCCGACUCCGAGAGCCUGCAGCCGGACCUGUGGCCAGAGAAGCUGAAGGGCCAGGCCCCAGAGAGCCGCCCAGGCCUCCAGGAGCUGGGUCCUCCUCCAGGCGCGGACGGCACGGGCGAGCCAGGCCCGGGAGCUGGCCACUCAGAGGCUCCAAGGGACCCACCCCCAGUAGGGUGGAGGCCAGGCCUGCACCGGGCACUGACGGCCAAGCCUGAGGGCUCGGAGCCUUGCCCCGAGCUUGGCCACCAUCACAUCCAGCAACAGAAACGGCCUGCCCCAGAGCCGGAAGCACGGAUGGAGAACACUCUCAACAGCAGCGGCUCCAGGAGCAGCGGUCCGCGCCCCACCCCGGCAUCCCCCGACACGGUGCGGGAGGUGCUGGACGCGCUGGUCAUGUUCACCUGCGUGGGCGGCAUCGUGGGCAACGGCCUGGUGGUCUGGCUGCUGGGCUCCCGGCGGCGGAGGGGCCCACUGGGCAUCUACCUGCUCCACUUGGCCGUGGCCGACCUCCUCUUCCUCGUCUGCUCGGGCACUCUGAUCAUCCUGAGCGCCAGCUCCUGGGGGGCCCGCGUGCACCACAUGGGCCCCCGGGCGGUGAGGAGCGCCGGGUACCUGGCCUACACGGCGAGCCUGAGCCUGCUGACGGCCGCCAGUGCCCAGUCCUGCCUCCCCGGCCUCUUCCCCACCUGGCACCGGGGCCGCUGGCACAGGCGCCUGUCAGCCUCGGUGUGCGCCGCACUCUGGCUGCUGGCCGUCCUGCUGGUCGUGCCAGCCUGGUACUUCCGUGACGAGGCCAAGCACCCCCACUCGUGGCAGGGAUCCAAGGCGGAGACCGUCCUGCACUUCUUCACCCUGGUCAGCUUCACGCCCGUCAUGGCCCUGUCUGGGAUGGCUCUCUGCAUCCAGGUGCAGAGGAUCUCGCGCCCGUGGCAGCGGCCGCUCACACGGCUCUACAUGGCCGUCCUGCUCUGCGUCUUUGUGUCCCUCGCCUGUGCCCUGCCCCUCGGCAUCUCCGGGUUCCUGCUCUACUGGCUGGACCUGCCCCAGCGCGCGAAGACUCUCUUCGGCCACUUCACCUGCCUCUCUCUGUCCGUGAGCAGCAGCACCAAACCGAUGAUCUAUUUCCUGGUUGGCAGUGGGGGCCGCUUGAGCCUGCGGGAGCCCCUGGGAGCCACGUUCAGCAGGGUGCUGCAGGAGGAGUCUGAGCUGGAGGAGGGGGAGACACCCUCCACUGACCCCAGUGACAAGGGUAGACUCCCGAAGAGGAAGGCCUGAUUCUUUACAACCUUUGCCAAAGACUGAUGGCAAAGACUGCUGUCCAUCACCAAAAUGUGACUUCCAGAAUGAACAAGCAAGCUUGAGCAUGAGCUGCUUCUUUGCUUUAUCUGUUUUAAGGCUGUGUUAUUUGGAACGUACGAGUUUAGGGGUGUUCUAUCCUGGGGAAUUGGAGCUUUGGUGGUAAAAUAUGAAGCUGCCCUCCUGAAUCCGAGUGGUGUUACUUCCUUACAGUCUAUUUGUCUGAUAUUAUCACAGCUCCAUCGGCUUUCUUGGCUUGCUAUUUGCAUGGUGCAUCUUCUCUUCCUGUGACUUUCAAGCUUUCUAUAUCCUUAUCUGUUAAGAUGUAUUACUUGUAAACAAGUCAGAAUUGAAUGGAGUUGUAACUUUGAAAAUUA